GAAUUCUUCUUAGAGAAGACCGGCUAUUCCCUGGCGCAGGCCAAUGCCUUGACGACGGCCAUGUCCACUCUUUGCAUGGCUUGGGCCGUCUUCGCAGGAUGGGUGGCAGAUGUCCAGCUUGGACGUUUCCGCACGAUCAUCAUCUUUGGGGUUAUCUACAGCAUUGGCGGUCUGGCUGCCACUGCUGCGGCUGCACCAGGCUUGAUGAGCUCAGGUCUCUACCUGUUUGCCUUGUUAGUCCUCGUGCCGAUGGGCACUGCCGGCAUCAAGUCGAACAUUUCCAACUUCGGCGCAGAUCAGUACGACAUGACAGACCCAGAGCAGGUUGCAGCUCAGGAGCAGUUCUUUCAGUGGUUUUACAUGGCCAUCAAUGUGGGCUCUGCCUUUGCCUAUGGCUUCCUCACCACACUGGGGACAAAUGGCGGCCUUGGAGUUUCCAAGGAGUAUGGGUACUUUGCAGCCUACUUCCUGGCUUCUGCGUGCAUGGCCGUUGCCGCCUCUUGA